AUGAUUCAGCUUCAGAAAGGUUGUGGUCUCCAUUUUACAACUAAGGCCCUCUGGCCUGGAGCACCAAGACCUCCCUGGCAAGGGACUGUCUACCAUGCAGCCUUAGUCACCGUCAAGCUGCAUUCAGUUAAUACAUGUGCUGCGAGAACCUCGAGUCCCCUGAUUGUUUCCUUCUGCUCCCCAACCUCAGGUGUCACCCAAGUACCGAGUCUGGUCUUCUGGAGCUUCAAUGGGCUCCUCCUGGUGGUUGACACAACCGGAAAACCUAACUUCAUCUCCCGCUACCGAAUUCAGGUUGGCAAGAAUGAACCAGUGGACACCGAGAAACUACGCCAGUGUAUCCGCACAGUUCUCUUCAACCAGGUCGUGAUCUCUUUGCCCAUGCUGGUCUUCCUCUAUCCCAUCCUCAAGCUGUGGGGAGACCCCUGCCACCGAGAGCUACCCACCUUCCACUGGUUCCUCCGGGAGCUGGUUAUCUUCACUCUGAUUGAGGAAGUCCUGUUCUACUACACACACCGGCUCCUUCACCACCCAACAUUCUACAAGAAAAUCCACAAGAAACACGAGUGGACAGCUCCCAUUGGCCUGGUCUCUUUCUACAGCCACCCUAUUGAUCAUGUGGCCUCCAACAUGCUGCUGAUGAUGGUGGGUCCCAUAGUAAUGGGCUCCCACUUGUCCUCUAUCACCAUGUGGUUCUCCUUCGCACUCAUCAUCACCACCAUUUCCCACUCUGGCUACCACCUACCUUUCCUGCCUUCAACUGAAUUCCAUGACUACCACCAUCUUGAGUUCAGCCAGUGCUAUCGGUUGCUGGGGGUGCUGGACCACCUCCAUGGGACUGACACGGUGUUUAAGCAGACCAAGGCCUAUGAGAGAGACAUCCUCCUGCUGCGCUUCACCCCACUGUCUGAGAGCAUCCCGGAUGCCCCGAAGAAGAUGGAGAGAGAGGGGCGCCUGGGUGGCUCAGUGUUAAGUGUCUGCCUUCGGCUCAGGUCAUGGUCCCACCAGGUGGCUGGGCUCUGA